UCUGGUGGAUCUUAUGGACAAAGAGCCCCAGGUUCUUCAUACAACACAUAUUCUGGUAACCAGGGAGGGCCUUACUUCUAUCCUGGAGGAGCCUAUGGACAGGGUGACCCAGGUUCUUCCCACAGUUCUUACUCUGGCAACCAGGGAGGGCCUUCCUACUAUUCUGGUGGAUCUUAUGGACAGGGAGGGUCUUCUGCUUAUGAUGGCAGCAGUGAAUCCUAUGGUCAGGGUGGAUCUUCUGCAUAUAGUGGUUCUGAGGCUUAUGGCCAGGACUCACCUUCUAUGGGAGCCAGUGAAACUGAAGAUAAUGAUCCCUCCUCACCGUCUGGUAGCCGCCAGAGUGAACGGGAUUUUUAUUCCCCAGGAGGCAGCCAGUCAGGUGGACAUGGGUCAUCUUCUCAAAGUGGUAGCUACUCCAGUGGACAGGACUCAUCCUCAUCUGGAAGCAGCCAGUAUGGUGGGCAGGGUUCACCUUCCUCAGGAGGCAGCCAGUCUGGUGGACAGGGUGGAUGUGAUUGUUCUGGGGCAAAUUCUGGUGGAUCCCCUACUUUAGUCAGAAGCGAUUCCUCUGCAAAUGACACAUCUUCUUCUGGAGGCAGCCAGUACAACAGCCAGGAUUCAUAUUCCUCUGGAGCUAGCCAGUAUGGAGGACAUGAGUCAUCUUCUUAUGGAGGCAGCCAGUAUGGUGGACAAGGUUCACCUUCCUCAGGAGGCAGCCAAUAUGGUGGACAGGGUUCACCUUCUUCAGGAGGCAGCCAGUAUGGAGGACAGGGCUCAUCUUUCUCAAGUGGCAGACCUUAUGGAGGACAGGGUAUAGCUUCUUCGGGAAGCAGCCAGUAUAGUGGACAGGGCUUUUCUUCAGGGGUCAGACAGUCUGGAGGACAGGGUGGGUGUGUGUGCCCCGGUGGAGGUUCAGGCUCUUUCGCAGGAACCAACUACCACGGUGGACAGGGUUCAUAUCCUGGAAGUAAUCAGUAUGGUGGACAGGGAUCUUAUCCUUCAGGAGGCAGCCAAUAUGGUGGGCAGGGCUCAUAUCCUUCUGGAGGCAGACAACAUGGUAAACCAGGUUCCUCUUCCUCAGGAGGCAGUCAUCAAGGAAAGCCAGGUGGCUCUGGCUCAGGAAGCACUUACUCUGGGAAACCGCAAUCACCUUACUCGGGCGGCAGUCAAGUGAAAGGAAAAGGUCAAGACAUGUCUGCCCAUUUAAAGUACCUUUCCUUGGGCAUCCUGGUUUUUCAGACCACAAGUUUAGUGUUGACCAUGCGCUAUUCUCGGACACUGAAAGAAGAAGGACCUCGUUACUUAUCCUCUACUGCAGUAGUUAUUGCUGAACUUCUGAAGAUUUUGGCCUGUGUUCUAUUAGUCUACAAAGACAGCAAAUGCAAUUUACGAACUCUGAACAGAGUGCUACGUGAUGAAAUCCUUAACAAACCAAUGGAAACCCUUAAACUCGCCAUUCCUUCAGGAAUUUACACUCUUCAGAACAACUUGCUAUAUGUAGCAUUGUCAAACCUAGAUGCAGCAACAUACCAGGUUACAUAUCAACUGAAAAUUCUCACCACAGCACUGUUUUCUGUGUCCAUGUUGAGCAAGAAACUGGGCGUAUACCAGUGGCUGUCACUAGUAAUAUUGAUGACAGGAGUGGCAUUUGUGCAGUGGCCUUCAGACUCUCAAGCAACACCUGCUAAGGAGCACUCAGCAGGAUCACAGUUUGUAGGCCUGAUUGCAGUUCUCAUAGCGUGCUUUUCUAGUGGAUUUGCUGGAGUUUAUUUUGAGAAAAUUUUAAAGGAAACUAAGCAGUCUGUGUGGAUCAGAAACAUUCAGCUUGGGUUUUUUGGUAGCAUAUUUGGACUGAUGGGUGUUUACAUUUAUGAUGGAGAGCAGCUGUCAAAGAAUGGAUUUUUUCAAGGAUACAAUAAACUUACUUGGGUGGUGUGUUCUACAGGCACUUGGAGGGCUGGUGAUUGCUGCUGUUAUAAAAUAUGCGGACAACAUUUUAAAGGGAUUUGCAACUUCUCUCUCCAUUAUACUGUCAACAUUGAUCUCCUAUUUCUGGCUGCAGAUUUUGUCCCUACAAGUGUCUUUUUCCUCGGAGCCAUCCUUGUAAUAGCAGCUACUUUUCUAUACGGUUAUGAUCCCAAACCUGCAGGAAAUCCCAUUAAGGCAUAGCAGACUUCUCAUCAACCUGCUUCUGGAGAUCAUGCACUGGGGGCCUUGCUAGCACUGGCAUGUGGGAAGUGUCACUGUGCACUGCAAGGGAAGGAUGACUGCCCUGAUUAUAUGGAAGAAAUGCUGAAGAGCAGUUCUGAACAGCCAGAGGGGUUACAGGUGGAGGGUGAUGCUGUCUGCAACUGAUGGGGGGGAAAUGUCAGGGGAAUGCCCAGUGCAACUUGCUAAUAAAAACUUGAAAGGAGCCAAAAGUUUCCAAGAAACUACAAUUAGGAAUGUUUACAGCUUUUGACUGAGAUUGCAUCAAAAGAAUACUGUAUUGACUGCUGCAGAAAUGUGUCCUAUGCACUCUUUGAAAGAGCACACGACAACAUUGUCAGAUUGUAUGUUUUUGCUAUUCAAUUCUAUUUAAUCUCAGUAAAUAUGUUUUUAACUGUUUGUCUAUUUACGUGAAAUGAGCAGAAAGUCAUAGUUCUAAAGUGAUGGUUCUAAUUAGGUACUCCUUAUUAAAACUGAAAAUUGAAGUAUGAUUGAAAGACACUUUCACAAUAUCAAAUAUUUUUAUAUUUUUAGAAGGCUGAUUUAAUAACAGAAAUCUGUUAUUAAAUUAUAAUAUUAUAAUUCUGUUGCUUCUAUAAAACUGUUGUAAGAAUGUUAACAUUCUCACUGAAGUACAAAGGGAGGAAUACUCCAGCCUUCAUCAGCCUGUAGUGUUGGAGCAGAUGGAAUAACUCUGGGAACCCAGGCUGGAGGUUACCACACUAAUGUGAGAGCAGCAGUAGGGUUGUGAUGGGUGCUUGCUCAGAUGUGAUGUUAAUUCUUUAUUUUUUUUUACUAAUUAUAAAUCAACUUUUUAGUAGAAACUUAAAAGUAGUUUUUGUGCUUCAAAUAGCCUCUGAAGACUUUUUAAACCAUUAUUUCGAAAUCAAAGAGCUCAUAAUAAGCAUUUUAAAGGCGUUAUCAAUUGUCUGUAACAGCUCCAUCUGGAGAUAUUAUGGUAUGGCAUCUGUAUACUGUACUGUACUUUGUUACAGAGGUGUUUUUUAAACAAGUGUUGUUUACUCAUGAACUCUUCCAGGCUUUUUCUGUAUAUUUCUAUGUAAUGGCUUAAUUAGAGUUUUGGUGGGGUUUUUUAAAUUAUUAUUAUUUUGUUCUGAGAGUCCUUGAGCCAACAGACCAAAAUGGGUUCUCUAGACCUAUUUGUUCUAGUAGUGGAAUUACUUUAAUAGGAAAUAUAAUUUAAAAGCAAUUAAUUGUGCAAUAGGUAAAUACAAAAGCAUGCUGUUAUUCUGUUUAAAACAAAAACUUCACAAAGAAACUUUGCUGCAAUUAGAUCAGUUAGACUGUUAUGAACACUUCACUUGAAGAAUUUGCAUAUAGUCAGAAACACAAAAAAAAAUGAAACUAAUAAACAAAAAAAAAACUGUCUUAAAAAUCAUUGGGUUUCAGGUUCACAAUGGAUGUUAAUGUCGGGUGACACCUGUGAUGGUGCAUUUAUAUAAAAGCAUUUCAGGAGUCCCUUACCAGUAGAACGGCAAGUGGUAAAAAUUCCGUUGUUCUCUCCAUGCCACCACCUCCUCCAUGCUGUUUCUCACAUCUGUCUUGUACUAAACAAAAUGUGUGAUAGAAACGUGUUUUAAAAUGUUUACCAAAGUACCUCAUUUGAUUGACAAGGAGAUUCUGUAGGAGUGCUCUGAGCUUUCUUAGUGAAGUAUUGUAAAUUAGAAAGGAAGAAUUCCACUUAUGUCAGUCAAGUAAAAAUAGUUUCUUUCUUCUGUUGGCAAUUACAUGUUUUAUCAACAUUCUGUUUGUUUGUCUUAUCAGAGCAAGACAUUAAAGAAAUAUCAGAGCUCUGCCUAGGGCUUGCUAAGCUUUGUGAACUGUGAAUCUCUCCCAGCAUGUUGUAAUUGCAGUAGCUUUGCUACUUGGUGAUCAACUAUCUAAAUGGGCGUUCUAUGUUAAUAUUAAAUCUUUUACAUGUAACAUUCAAUGUGGCAAUGUAACAAUCUUUGAAAAGUCCCAUGUAGCCAUUUCCCCCUGCAGUGCAGCCUGAGGUAAGACGUGUGCGUAGAGCAGCGGCUCACGGCGGUGCCAAGUACAGAACGGGACCUGCACAGCUCUGAAAUGAGGUGGGAGGUGUUGGUAGUAAUCUCUCAGCUGGAGUUUGGCCCUACACAGUUAUACUUUUGAUUUCGUAAAACACAGUAGUGGGAGUGUUCAAGUGAUAUAAUUGGUUACUUUCUUAAGAAAAGUCUCCAAAAAACAUAAAAGGCAGGCUGAGAACACUUUAAAGCCAGUUGUACAGGAAGGAACCAAAAAAGCCAAAUAAUUACCACGUGGCUGGAACUCUGGGAUAUGUAGCCUGGUUUUAAUAUUUCAGGUGCACCUGUCAAUGUUUGCCAGGAUGUUUAAAGGAAGCACCAGGCAUAUGUGCUCUUUGCUUUGGAAUAGGAUGCCAUGCAGCUUUGGAAAACUGUCUGCUGUACUAAGGAACAGUAGCUCCUUUCUGUAAAGGAACAGUAACUCCUGUCUGGAAAUCAGUGACUUCCAUGCUUUCACUUGACAGUCCAAUUCUGUUUUCCAGCAGAAGGAUAGAUCUCGUCACAGACUUGUGGCUGAAAAGGAAGAGUGAAUUAGAAUUUUUCUCUGUGUUUCCUCACAGAGAGGAAAAGCUCUUCUCCGAGGUGUGACUCUGGACAAGGGGAGGUAGCACGUGUUUUGUGAGAACAGGAGGGAUUUGAGGAGGGCUGACUGAUUUCUGUAACCUUUGCAUCGGGGACCAUAUGCACAUUUUCUCACUGAGAUACUUUUGUAUUUGGAUUUUUAUUUUUUUAAGUAGCAUUAAGUCUAUAACUCAUUAACUAACCAAAGAGGAAUAGCUAGCACAGAGUUUUGGGAGGUACUGGAUAAUGAGCUUUGAGUUAUCCCUGAAAGCAAAUGCUGUAGGAGUGCAACUUCCCAAAAAUAAACUUGUCUUUCUGAACUAUUUUCUGAUUUUUAGACAAUGGUUUUGUUACUUUAGUUGUAUGUUUAGGAAGCUAACCUAUACUUAGCAGAAUUUUGUUUAAAUAUUUAUAAAGUUAUAGAAGUUAUAGCUAGCUAUUUAUUUGCAAUAACUUGAAUUAUGUGAUUUUUCUUUCUAGACAUAUAUUGGGUAUACUGGUAUUUAUUGAAUACUUGGAUAUUUGGUAGUUUUAUUUGAGAAUCUCUGGGAUACAUGGUAAAUGGUCAAAUAAUUAUAAACUUAGGACUAUCUUCAAAGCAAAAUAGAUCAGUUCAGUGGUAAAAAAAACUUGAGUCUAAUAAAGUAAGAUAAAUUUGUCUUUCAACAUUGUAUUUCUAAGCAAUCCAUAAGUCCCCAAAAAUGUAUUUUCUCAAAGAAUUCAGAUAAUUGUGUAGUUUUAUUCAACUUCAUUGUUUUAGACAAACUUUAAGAAAACAUCCCUUUUUAUUUGUUUCAGUAAAGGUUAGAUUAAUGUUCUAGAUUAAACUUGUACAGUGUAAUACUUUUUUUUUUACUACAAUGUUUUAUUAACUAUUGUUUUAUUUUUCCUCAAGAAGAGAAAACAAUCCCAUUUUGCUCAUGUUCCAUGCACAUACAGGCCUCUCAGAGACUCUUAGUAGUACAUAAUUCUUUUGUGUGUGUUUCUAACUUAUUUUUGUGGCUGUAAUUCCAAAUACUGUAAUAGAUUUUGUUAAUUUUUUAAAAUUGAGAAAUGAAACAUUGCAUUUCUUCUGGUUUUUGUUGUCAGUAACUUUCAUAUUUGAAUGUAUUUCCUGGUCAGCCCUGCAUGUUCUAUUGUAUUUAAGCAAUUGUCAUUUUCCAGAUUUGAAUUUGUUGCUCAUUUUCCUCCUGGUGACAAUGUUUCUUGCUGGAUAUUGUGUUGAGGAGGAUUAUUCAUUCCUUUCAUAUCUGAAUCUAUGUUUGUGAGAAUGAGUUAUUAAAAAACAGUAAGGGUUUUUUUUCUUUGUGUGUGUAUUAGAAAAGUAACAGUUAUGUAUAGCAUGGUAUUAUACCAUAUAUGUGUAACCUGAAACGGUGCAUUACUGUGAGAAAGACCAAA